UUCGAUCAGCUCAACAGCGAACAACGCAACGCAAGUUCGAUAAAAACGACUCAGCGUUUUUACACACAAACAAACAACUUCGAACGGUUCGAAAAACCAGUUUCUUGCGAAAGCGCAACGUGUGAUAAGUGAAGUUUACCUUGUGAUAACGUCAGCAAACAAACAAAACAAAACAAACAACAUGCAUUCGUACGCCGUGAACAACGCCGCCAACCUGGCCGUCUGCAACAGCAACAACAGCAUCAACGAGAACCGCUACAACAGCGAGAAGCUCGCCAAAUCGUCCGCCGUCUACCGGCUGAAGAAGAUCCUGAAGCCGCUGGUGACGCUGCUGAAGAGCAACAAGAGCAACAAGUCGUCGGCAAAGUCGUCCCACCACGCACAGGUUGACCAGCGCCGCUCGAUCAUCAGCUACAUCGACGAGUACGAUUGCGACUACGACAACUCCGCCAACGAGCGCCUGGAAGCCGAGCUGGUCGCCGAGCUGGAGCAGUGCCACGCCACCGACGCCGCCAUCCUGGUGCUCGAGGAGCAGCAGCUCCGCCUGCAGCCCGUCCUGCCCGAGGAGCUGUACGUCCCGGUACACUUUGCCCGCACCGAGGCCGGCACCUUCUUCUGGACGACCAUGCCAGCCCGCGAGGUCGAUGAGGAUCUGAUUCAGCCGGCGCACUGCUACAGCGAGGAGAAGCAGUACGCCCAGCAGGCGUACGCCGACCGUUGGGCCCAAGCCUAAGGUGCCCCAACCCGGGCAGCCGCACAAACCAACCAACCCGCUCAGCAACCGCCCGGCAGCAAUCGCACCCCGAAUCGCCAGUGAUACUCCAACGUGUUGGGGCUCUCUUUUGCCAGCACGUGGCGGUGCAACAGCGGAACAACAAAACUCACGAUCUCUUCCGAGUGCUUCGCGCACCAUUCCUCGGACCGUCUUGCUUGCAGCCCGUCUAGCAAGAAUGUGUGCAUGGGGAGCCGAAACCGAUGAUGAUGAUGAUGAUGGUACAGCUUUAAUAGGUUUAGUUUAGGGUCCGUUAGCUUUUUUUCGUGAUCUUGUGAUAGUAGGGUUAAAAAACAAACACGGUCUUCCAGCAUUGUGAUGAUAAUCAAUGUGUCUUCCAAUUUUGUUUGUAAGCAAAAUCUGAUAGAUGAUAUUAACAGAAUACAAAACACGCCUCAAAA